AAAUCAAUAAAAACAGGGUACACAGAAUAUCGUAUGAAUAGAAACAUGAGCACAAAAUUCAUAUUUAUUGAAUCAAUGGAAAUUUUGAGUACAAUACCUCAAUAUCAUGUAUUACUAGAAGGGUUCUUAAUUCUUUGGCUGAUUUGGUUUAUUGUUAAGAAACAUUACAGUAGCCGUGAAAGGAUACCAACAGAAGAUGAAGUAAAACGAAAACUUGUAGAAUGGAAACCUGAACCUUUAAUAACUAAUCCACAAACGACUCAUCCGUUUUUAAGUCCAAGAUGUAUAACAUCUAGAGCCGGCAAAAGCAUAGUAGUCGAUGGAAAACAUUGUUUGAAUCUAGGUACGCACAAUUAUCUUGGUUUAACGGAAAGUAAUGAAAUAGAAUCAAAUGCGAUAGCAGCAGUAAGAAAAUAUGGAGUUGGUUCUUGCGGGCCACGAGGAUUUUAUGGAACUGUUGAUGUUCAUUUAGAAUUGGAAGAUAGUUUAGCAACUUAUACGGAUACAGAAGAAGCUGUAGUAUAUUCCUAUGGAUUUAGUGCAAUUUCAUCUGCAAUCGCAGCAUAUUGUAAACGUAAAGACCUUGUGUUUAUAGAUGAAAAAGUAAAUUUUGCUAUACAGAAAGGAUUAGAUGCAACUAAAGCUAAUAUUAUCUACUUUAAGCAUAACGAUGUUAAUGAUCUUUCUAAUUUACUAAUGAAACAAGCAAAACUUGAUGACCAGAAUCCCAAAAAAGCAUCCAAAAUUAAACGUUUUUUAAUAGUUGAGGGUAUUUAUAUGAAUACUGGAAACAUCUGUCCAUUACCAGAAUUAGUUACACUCUGUAGAAAAUACAAAUUAAGAAUAUUUAUUGAUGAAUCCAUAUCAUUUGGAACACUUGGUAAACAUGGUAAAGGCGUUACCGAACACUAUGAUGUUCCUAGGCACGAAAUUGAUAUGAUUAUAGGAUCUCUGGAUUGGGCAAUGGGAUCUAUCGGUGGCUUCUGCGUGGGUACAUCAUUUAUUAUUGAACAUCAGCGUUUAUCUGGGCUUGGAUAUUGUUUUUCUGCAUCCCUGCCACCUCUUUUAACAACUGCAGCUAUUACUUCUCUAGAAAUUAUGAGAAACAAUCCACAUAUAUUUAAAACGUUAAAAGACAAUUGUAUAGCUAUAAAUGAUGGACUUCAGAACAUUAAUUGUUUAGAAUGUUCUAGUUUUCCAGAGUCUCCAGUAAAACACGUUUACUUGAAAGAAAAAAUGGAUCGUAUUACGGAAGAAAAAUUACUUUCUCAGAUUUCUGAUUGCUGUAUUGAAAAUAAUGUAGCAAUUAUAACUCCUGUAUAUUUGGAAGCAGAAAAAAAUUUACCUAGGCCUAGUCUUAGACUUUGCGUCUCUACUCUUCUCAACAAGAACGAUAUUGAUUUUGCUUUGAGCAUAUUAAAAAAAUGUGCUGAAGAAGUUUUAUCAGUAUAAAUGAAAGGACAAUCAGAAACCUCUUUAAACGAUAUAUUCUGCACGUUCAUUAUCUCUUAUCAUUUCAAUGAAUUUAUUCAUUUACUGUACAGUUGUAGGAAAAUUGUUAUUAACCUUGUAAACAAAACAUUUUUUCCUUCGUAAAUAUUAUUUUAUCCUUCAUUUAAUAGCAUUCCACUUUAAUAUUGUGAUAAAUAUUUU